UGUGCCUUUCAUUUGUUUAUACACUCCCUUCACAAAUCUUACUCUCGCUUUUUUUUCCCCACCAUAAACCAUGGAAAGCUCCAUGUUCCUCAUGACAGUAGUGUUCCUCUGUCUUGUGGCUUUUCCAACCAUAACCAUCGGAAAAGAUCUGAGAUUCUUGCCAAAACCCAUCCAAGGAUGGCCACAUCCGUCAGAUUUCUCCAGAGACGUAAUGUUUAGGAGCACUUCCCAUAAAUUCAACUAUGGAGAUUCCAAAGUCUGGAAAUGUGUUCAGAGCAACGGAUCUGGUCCCGCCAUUUCCAUUUCCAUUUCACCGUCCACACCGUCACCUUUGCCCUCAACUCCAAAAACGUUUCCUCCUCCACCUACACCAUCUCCUCCUCCUCCAACUCCUAAAAUAUCCCCACCGCCAACAACACCAUCUCCCAAAAUAUCUUCACCGCCGCCAUCACCAUCUCCUCCUCCUCCAACUCCCAUCAUAUCUCCACAGCCGCCAACACCAUCUCCUCCGCCUCCAACUCCCAUCAUAUCUCCACAGCCACCUUCACCAUCUACUCCGCCUCCAACUCCCAUCAUAUCUCCACCGCCACCUACACAAUCUCCUAAAAUAUCUCCACAGCCAACUUCACCAUCUCCUCCAUCUCCAACUCCCAUCAUAUCUCCACAGCCACCUUCACCAUCUCCCAAAAUAUCUCCACAGCCAACUUCACCAUCUCCUCCGUCUCCAACUCCCAUCAUAUCUCCACCGCCACCUUCACCAUCUCCUCCUCCUUCAUCUCCCAAAAUGUCUCCGCGGACUCCUACACCAUCUCCUAAAAUAUCUCCACAGCCACAUUCACCAUCUCCUCCGCCUCCAACUCCCAUUAUGUCUCCACUGCCACCUACACCAUCUCCAUCUCCCAUAAUAUCUUCACCUUCGCCUCCAACUCCCAAAAUGUCUCCGCCGCCUCCUACACAAUCUCCUCCGCCUUCAUCCCCCAAAAUAUCUCCACCGUCGCCAACACCGUCUCUUGCGCCUCCAACUCCAAAGAAGUCUCCAUCUCCACCGACGCCAACACCAUCUCUUCCGCCUCCAACUCCCAAGAAGUCUCCAUCUCCUUCGCCACCAAGCCGUGAUGAUGAUGAGCCAUCUUCUCCUAGUCAGCCAUCGAUUCCACCUCCCGAACAUCAUCACAGUCAUCAUCACCAUCACCAUCACCAUCAGAAUCCAUGGGAACACUUCGGAAGUUGUGUGAGACACAUGGGACCUGUUGGAGUGUGUCGUGGGCAGAUGGCGUUCAGUUUCUACACUAGGAGGUUUCAAGUCAGUGACUAUUGUUGCAAUAUUGUCGUCAACGUGAAAAAUGAAUGCGAAGAUGCCAUUUGGGGAUACUUCACCGAUCCUUACUUUAUUGCUCUAGUUCGUUUCACUUGUCACAUCGCCUACUAGUUUUUUCCUCUUCAUUUUUAUUAGGGUUUUUUUCUUUAAUGGUUUUGUUCUUGUUUUGGUUCGUUUUUAGUUCAUGCAAUAUUGUUGUCGUCCUCUUUCGUUAUACGUUUUAAUUAAUGAAUAAAUAUGGCUUUCUUUCUUUU